AUGCCUCUUACUGUUACAUGUCUCUCUCAUGAAUUGAAACUUCAACUGAUAGAGCAACAGAUAAAAGAUAAAGAAAAUGAGCUUGGGCUUAUGCUUAAUCUUAGAUCUGCAGGAAAACAAAACAAUCUUAAAGAGCACUUCUUGCUUGAUCUACAAAUAAAAGUUAUUGCUAAAAAUGGUGAAAAGAAUGCUGAAGGGAAUCAACGAAUUUAUGAGGUAAUGAGAGACUAUAUUAAAGAUAACGAUGGUAUGACUUGUUCGCCUUUUGGUGAAAGAUCAACUGAUACACCAGUCUGUCACCUCGUAGAUUUCAUCAAGGCCAUAAAGAAAUGCCGUAUCAUAGAUAUUUCUGUCACUGACCAAUCUUCAACAGACAUACAAAUCAACUGCCCCAGUUCGAAGGCCAUGGAAGAUUUUCUCAAGUCUGUCAUCAGUAACGAAUUUCAACAAAAACUGUUUGGCCUUAGACGAUGGCUACAAGUGCAAUAUGGCAUUGAAUCGCAUGACAUAAUUGCCAAUUGCUCAUCAAAUGGCAUGGAGAAAGCAAAACAACAUCUGCACCUUACUGACGUAACUAGAAGUAUGACUUGUGCCGAACAUCAAAAUACGCAAUGUACUCUCUAUUGUCCCGACCAUGACACGUUUUUAUGUACAGCAUGCAAGGGAUCAAGACAUGGCACAUGUCUUGGAAUAAAACAAGUAACAUCUGAAAGUUCUUACGUUGAACAGAAACUCAGUCUGGACAUCAAAAGUAUAAAAGGAACUUAUAACGUUAAGAAAAAUAAAACUUUGAAGAAAAAAGACACCAAUGAUCAACAUCGGUGUAUUAUCUCUAAAAUAUGCAUGUUUCCUAAUCGUGAAAUUCUCAUUUAUGAUUCAAAGAAUAAAGGACUGAAGUAUUUGAACAGUUUGUACCAAGUAGUCAGUUACUGUGCCCUUAGUAAACAUAUCUAUUUUCUAUGUUAUAUUGGCAACAAUACAGCUGUCGUUGGUUUAGAUAUAAAUUCCAUACAGUACGUGGAUGUGUCAGAUAAUAUAAACCUAAGAAAAUUAGUGACGCUAGAUCAUGAUUGUCUCUGUCUAGCUUGUCACGGUGACACACUCUAUAUAAACAGUGGAUACGGAAUUUACAAAUAUGACAAAUACUGUAAACAAAGGCAAGAUAUCUAUUUUUAUAGUAUAGAGCCUCACAUGUUCAGCGAACACUCAGUUGCUAUAAGUGACAAUGGGGAACGACUCUACUUCAACGCAAACACAGGCCUAACUACAAUAGAUGCCAAAGGAAAUCAUAUAUUCACAAGUUCUCAAUUUGUCGAGUAUAAGAUACGUGAUAUAUGUAUUGCUGCUGCAGGUAUUGUUCUUGUUUUAGAUAAAACAAACACUCUUCAUCAGCUAGAUUAUACAGGAAAAAAGCAUCGGACUGUAUAUAAGAUACCAUUUACUCAUUUGUAUGCGUGUUCUAUAUGUUUCGACAGAGACAGAUGUAGACUUAUAGUUGGUGGACUUGAAGAUAAGAUAUAUAUUUACAAAUGUCAGUUUUUGCCAAACCAAGAACCAACUGAAUGAAAGCGCUAAAAGCACUGAUAUAUACUUUGCUUGAUAAUACAAUCCAUUUUUGUCACCAAGGCCAUGUUUAUUAAAACGGAAAGAAGAUAUCCUCUAUGCAUAUUUCUACAAUGGAACCUACAAUGGAAAACAUUCGCUAUAUGAAAAACAGACGAUAAAAUCAGCCAUAUUCAUUUUGAAAACUAUGGAUAAUGGUUUAAUCUGGAGUGGCCGAAAUUCGAUAAAAGUUAAAACCAUUUUGUGAAAAAGUUACAUUUUCAAACAACACUUAAUAUUCCGGAAAAUAUUAGAAUUUUAUAAUAUUUUCAUAGGCACGUGUAAAUUAAACCAGUUUGAAUUAAGGUGUGAAACGAUGUAAUGUAUACUAGUUGUUUAUAAAACAUACAGGUAAAUGGAAAACUCAAGUCGCAACAUUAACUACCUUUAUUGAUAAUUUUUAAAAGUGAAAUAAAUAACUAUUUUCUAGUAAUUCUAAGUAAAAUCAGCAAGUAAGAACAGUUAAACGCUGAAAGUUGUCAUUGUUUUCAUUUAAAAAGAAAAUAUAUACAUAUAUUUUUUCAUAACUAAAAAAAUUAAUUUUAUUUGGGUUUAAAUAAUGAUAAAUCUGUUUAACUCUAAGUCCAGUAAAUACAAUCCAGUAACCUGUUUUGAAUAUCACAUUUUUUUACCUAUAUAUCCUCUGCUUCAAAUCUUUAGUAUUUCGUUUCAACUAGGUAUUGAUUUUACAAACGUAAACAUGUACGGGUUUCAAGUCUACAGGAGAGAUAUUUGUUGCGUUUAUCAGAUAUUAAAAAUAUGUAUAUGUUAGUUAGUGUAUAAUAACGUAUUACAUAUACUGUUGUUAUAUAAUUAAUCACAUGUAUAUUUCAAUGUUUAACAUGUUUGCAUGAUUACGUGUGUAUGCAUAUAUUAUAUGACUGACAUAUAAAUGAUUCUUCUUAUCAUUUUUGUCAAUAAAAAAUUUUAUCACUUAUUACAGAUAAUAAAACAUCAGUUUUAAAAUACUUUCAUAGACACUCAAUCUUUUUAAUCAGUAUAAAUGUAACCAAGCGUAUAAUAAUCUAGUACACAGUAGUUGUUUAUGUUCAUACAGGUACAAAGGAUAAGUUUCUGUUCCACUUAAACUUUUUUUAAACGAUAAAAAGUAAUUGUUUUACAAUUAAAAAAUUAUCGUUCAAGUAAUAAUAAAGCUUUUGACUAUUUGUAAUUUGCUUCAGCUGCGAAUAAAUCUUAUAUAAAUAAACAUGUAUCAAUGUAUAAGCGUGUAUUAGAGAAUUUUGUUUUGUAUUUUUUCUUUUUUUUUUUGGAAAUGAUUAGAUAUUAAAACAAAUGUCCAUAUGCCAGCUAUGAUAUGAUAGCGUUAUCUAUACACGGUUGAUAUAAGUACAUUCAUAGCUAUUUUAAUGUUUUGACGUGUAUAAAAUGUCAUGCUUGUAUAUGCACAUAUUACAAAAUUUUGUUUUGUAUUUUUCUUUAUUUUUUAAAAAUGACUAGAUAUUAAACAAUUGUGCUUUUGCCAGUAAUGAUAUGAUUAUGUAUUCUAUAAACGGUUGAUAUAAGUACAUACAUGAUUAGACGUGUAAACUUUGUAUGCAUGCAUGUGAGUGUAUAUUUAUAUGACUGAAACUAUAAUGUUGGUUUGGUAUUUAAUUAAAAAUAUAUAGAUAAAUACAUUAUAUUAUUUAUACCUCAUUUGCAAACGCCCUUCUAUAUUUGAUAUGACGUUAUCCGGUCCAUAAACCGCAUACAGACCGGAAGCGGUCCACAAUUCUUAUAUGGACUGGAUGAUGCCAUAAUAAAUAUAGAAGGGCGUAUGCAAAUGAUGUUUAUCAUUUUAUUUUGUUGUUAAAUGAUUCUUUUUACAGAAUUUAUUGUUUUGUUUCACAUAAAUUUAUUAUAUGUUGAUCAAAAGUCAUGAUUUGUUUUUAAAUUGAUUAUAAAUUUUAUUUAUACAGUUUGUGAAAAUCUGUUUUUGUUUCUGUUGCCUGUUUAAUUAGAUUAACAAAAAUUGAAUAACAAAAGAAGAGCAUGUUGUUGUUUUUUUUGGUGUGUGUUUCUUUUGCUGUAUCGCUUGAAAAUAGUAAUAGAA